AAAAAAGCAUUGCCAGAUACAAAUGACGCGUUUCUGUGGAAUGCAGACGUUCUCCUAGUGCCCUCUUUAAACCAAAGUCCUUUAUUUGCCCUCCUUUCACUCCUUUAUUUCUGAAUUAGUCAUCCAUUCAUCCUUUCUUUCCCUCGCCUUUGUCCUCAUUCUCUUCCUAUUUAUCCAACCAAUGAACAGCGAAUCUCACCCCAAAACUGAAGACCAACGAACAAGACGGAAGACAAUUUUGCGUCAUCUGUCUACAUCAUUAGGACCAGCAUGGAUCAGAUCUACAGCCUCACUGACAUCGAAUGGACCAUCCGACACAGGAACCCGGUCAAGUCAUCAACACAACAUUAUUCUGGGCAAGCGCAUACGCAAAGCUGUAGAAAGAUUCAACCCUUCUAGUUUCCCACCAACACGGAGUACGACUAAUACACGUAGUGGGAUUCAAAGGAAACGUAGAACGAUGACUAAUUCAUCAAUCCAUUCAUCAAUCUCUUCAAGAUCUCGAUCGCAACUUUCAGACAGGACUUCUCAAGAGAGAACACACCAACAAGAGCUCAAUAACGCUGCACAUGCGUCUAGACUACAUGCACAUGCACUGAGCGCUGAAGAGUUUGAGCUCUUUCAAUAUCAUCUAGACAGAUCGGAUCUGGCGAAUUAUCUUAAAGUUCGUAACACGAUGCUCUGGCUUUGGCGAUUGUCACCCAAAGAGCCCCUCACCCUGAAUAAGGCCUUUGAGGCCACCAAGGACUUUGGUCUACAUCAUGGAUUGAUUGCCCAUAUAUACGAAUUUCUACUUCGAUCUGGAUACAUCAACUUUGGAGCAUGUGCAUUUCAGGACGAAGGCAAUAGCGUCAAUACCAGCAAUGGAACAGCAGACCUUGAGCAUCUCGCAACUUCCGAUGGUGUUAAUACUGGUGGCCAUAGUAGUACCAAUGACAUUGCUAACUGCGAGGACCCGUCACACUCCAUAUAUGAUCAGCCUCUUUUGCCAUCAGAAAAUAGAAAGACAGUUGUAGUCAUUGGUAGUGGUAUGGCAGGCGUUGCAGUAGCGAGACAGCUAGAAAAUCUAUUCAAGUAUUAUGCAUGGCGCUUUGCGCCAGAGUUACCACCAAAGGUGGUGGUGCUCGAAGCUAGAUCACGAAUAGGCGGGCGUAUGCACUCCAUGGAACUAGGUACCAAGGCCUCAUCAACAACAACAACAAAGCUCUCACCAUCAUCGUCAUCAUCGUCAUUAUCAUCAUUAUCAUCAUUAUCGUCGUCAUCAUCAUUAUCGAGUAUAGCACCCAGGAUAGGGCCAACAAAGCAUGCAGUCGAUCUAGGAGCACAGAUUAUUACUGGAUUUGAGAAUGGAAAUCCAAUGGACAUUAUCGUGCGCAAGCAACUAUCAGAUUUAACGCUUCAUUAUCUAGUGAACGAAACAUGUGAUCUAUUUGAUCAUCGCGGUGAGGUCGUGUCAAAGGAGAUGGACGUUCAGUGCGAGACUGUCUUCAAUCAGAUAUUAGAUAAAGCCUGCAAGCUCCGCAAGAGUAGUCGCCUUCCCGAGAGGUUAGUAGAGUAUCUUCGAGCAAGGCGAAGGAAAGAUGGGAAAGGUCCAGGACGGGUUCAAUCAACGUCAUCGCCUACACUGGGACACUCAAUGGAUUUCUUUAUGGAGACCCAUCCAGACUUUCAUUCAUGGACAAACAAGGAACUAGAGCUUAUUCAUUGGCAUUAUGCUAAUUUAGAGUUUGCAAACGCAGCACCGCUCGAUCAGCUAUCACUACAGCACUGGGACCAGGAUGAUGACUAUGAAUUCUCAGGCCCCCACUCAAUGGUGGUACAGGGCUACGGUCAAGUGCCGAUAGCGCUUUCGCAAGGGCUGGAUGUGCGGUUGGACAUGCCAGUUUCUUCAGUUAAACGUCAGGCUAUCCCUGUCUCGACUCUUUCACGGUCGGUAUCUAAACGACAUCAUCGUGAGGCGAUUCGAGUCCAAUGUCGCGAUGGGAGUUCAUUCGAAUGUACAGCUGCCGUUAUCACCGUACCACUAGGGGUCUUGAAAAGUCAGCAAAUCAAAUUUUCGCCGCCAUUGCCAAGGUGGAAGGAGCAGGCAAUUCAGCGUCUUGGAUUUGGGCUGUUAAAUAAAUUGGUCUUGGUGUUUGACACCAUUUUUUGGGACCCCGCUGUGGAGUUAUUUGGGUAUGCAGGAAGCGGUAAAUCAGGAACAUCAAUUGAAAAACUUGAUUUAAAAACAUACCGUUCUAGUCGAGGUAAAUUCUAUAUGUUUUGGAAUUGCUCUCAUGUAACCGAUCGGCCGAUUCUGGUGACGCUUAUGGCUGGGCAAUCUGCAUAUGACAGUGAGCUCAUGUCGAAGGGAGAACUCGUUAAAGAGGCUGUGGAGACUUUGCAAUUGAUUUUUCCACAAAUCAAUCCGAUACCCACACCUGUUGAAACAAUUGUGACACGAUGGUCUGAAGAUGAGUAUGCACAAGGAAGUUAUUCCUACGUGGCUAGAGAAGCUACAGGAGAGGACUAUGACUUAUUGGCGAAGCCUGUGGAUGGCCAGCUAUAUUUCGCAGGGGAAGCGACAAGUCGACAAUAUCCAGCAACAGCGCACGGUGCAUAUCUAAGUGGUCUUAAGGUGGCCAAGGAUAUUCUCGACUCACUGAUUGGCCCACAGGUCGUCAAUAGCGGGCCUAAUUUGGAUGUCAAAGCACACAGAAUGAACAAUCAUAGUGACAGCAGUAGCAGCAGCAAAAAUAAUACCGAUUAUGAUAACAGGGUGGGGUAUGAUUUAGAAAGACGAGGUAGAAGUAGCACGACCAGACACAGCUGUGAUAAUGGCAUAAGGAGCAAUAGCAGCAGCUCUAGUAUCAGUAGUGUAGGUAGUAUCAGCAGCAGUAACAGCAGCGCCAGCGGCCGUAGUAGCAGAAGCCGAAGCAGAAGCAGAAGCCCUCGGUCACAUCUUUUGACGAUGGAUGACGCAUACACAUCGAAUUCACCUUCGCCUUCGCCUCACUCUGAAACCAUUCUCACACUUAAAAGCCUUGGCCAUGGAUUUAUGAUUCCGCGACGGAAAGGAAGGAUUUCUAGAUCUUUUAUCGCCAAGUUUGUUUCAGAGCGUAGUGACGAUGAUGAAAGUGAGGAUGGUGUAUAAUAUAAUAAUAACAUAGAAAACGAGACUAUCAUAGUUUCUAAGCUACACAAAAAGAUAGGCGAGGGAGGAAGAACUUCGCUUUUGCGGCAAAUGGGCAAAUGACGUGAUUUUCGGUACAGAACC